AUGCAUUUGGGGCUUGUCCUGCUGAUUCCAUCCACAAAGGUACGGAAUUCUUUGAGCUAUCAUUGAUGCUCAAAGCAUAUAGAGUAAUUACACACACAACCAUUACCGAUAUGUGCUGCAGCUUUUGGUCUGAAUCCACUUCAGUUGGUUGAAUCUAGCUUGUUCGGUUGGGCAGGAUUCACCUCGCCAGCCCAGAGUGGAGCCAUUGAAAUGAAUGGUCCUAACUUCUUUAUGGUCACUCAUUUCAAUAGGUCUACUCUGGGUAAAAGUUAGUUGAUUUCAGUGGGCAUCCUCUGCGUAUGACAUACAGUAGUUGAAUACAACUCAGUAUGAUUAAGUUAAGAUUAGUGUUAGUGGGAUUAGAUCGUUUAUGUUGCCUUGCAUUUGGCACUCCCAUGUUUAUAUCAGUCAGCAAAGGGCUUCAACGAAUAGGAAAAAGUGGCACAAUAUCAGGAUUUGCUUGGGAUUCUUGCUAACUCUGUCCUGUUGGCUCUGAUGGGCUUGCUUAGAGCACUAUUUCACCACUCCUUCUGAAUCUUAUUCUUACACACCCCAGUUCCUGCAUACAGGGCCAUAGAAAUAGAUCAUCAAGGUGAUGUGGCUAAAGCAUGAGGUCAGUCAACCAAACACCCUUCUGCUUUGUUUUGACUGUACAUUAGUCUUGCAUCCCUCCAGUAUAUGCUCUUCUUCUUUUCUUUUUUUAAAUUCCUGCUUCUGACAUCAUUUCCUGACUAGUGCGUUGGUUUAACAGCAAAGCCAGAUCCUCUUCUCAGCACACGAUGCAAGAAGGUGCUUAAAAUGGAUUUACGCUUUUCUUUUCCCUUGCCAUGCUUGCUGGUGAUUCUGACCAUUUCUGAUGGUAAGUGGGAAUUUUCUUUUAUCAAAUUGGCAUUGCUUUGCCUAGGUGAGCAGAAAUGAUCCUCUUCGUUCAGAUUUCACCCCCGCCACCCCUCUCCUUUAAAGGAAGGCUAGUCGACGGGACUCAGGGAAAUGCUAGUGUCAUAACCGCCAAAGCAUGAAAAUGGACAGUCACUCCAAAGUAAGACAGAUUUUCUCAUAAACUAAUUGCAACCAUGUCACCUGAUGUACUGCAUUUGUAAAUGCAAGAGAAAUAAGAGGUUGCGGGGCGGUGGUCAACACAAUGAUUCCGGGAUUCUUUUCUUGUCUCUCGGCGUGACCUUGAACAAAUAAUUUAGAAUACUUGAUGAAAACAUCUCGAAAUCAAGUCUAAUGUACAUAGGUUUCCAGUUUAAAAUCCUUUUAAAAACAAUACUCCAAGUCCUUUUCAAUAUCUGUGCAUGAUUUUGGAGACAGUGAAUUGUAGUGAGGGAAAGUAGCUAGCCUGAAUUCAUCCAGUUUUGCAAACACUGCUUAGAUUCUUUUUUUCCUUAAACUACUAAGUAGGUGGGGAUUAUUUCCAUUUCUAAACAUUCUAUGGUGUAAUCAGUAUAAAUCUGUGGACCAUAUGAAGUCAUUUAACGUUUUUUGAGGCCAAUGAGUAAUGAAUUCAAACACAUACACACUAUGGGUGACAGUUUAAGCUACAUGAAAAACAUCACUUAUUUAACCGACAAACCACAUACUUUCUUGUAAAAAUAUAUUAAAUGUUACCUGAAUUAAAAGCUACAUUUAGGUCAUUUAUUUACAGCAGUGGCUCAUCAAGUAUCCUUCGAAAGGAUCAGCACUCAUAUAAAAUUAUGAACGGCACUAUUUCAUGAAUUAAGGCUUUCAGUCUUAGUAACCAAUAUUGAGUUGAUUCCAUCCCACACCCUGACUUUUCACUCAGAUAAAAUGAAGCUAUGAGCUAAAAAGGGGAAAAAACGAAGAACAGAGUUCUCAUAUGUUUUCUUCGACUGAGAGGUUGCUCAUCUUUUUCUGUGACCACAGUGUUACCUCUUUGAUUAGACUUACUGUGGUUUUCAAUAUGUAUUUAUUUAUUUAAUAGUGUUUAUAGACUGCUUUUUUUAAAAAAAAAACUACUUAAAUCUUUUAUUACUGUUGCAGGUGUGACUUGUAUGGACCUCAAACAGCUUUUUGGCGACGCUGGUGGCAAUGUUUCUUUUCCUUUGGAAAUUAAAAAUCGAAGUGGCAUCCUAGUAAUGAAAGAAACGAACUGUUCUAAGCCGGAGAACGUUACGAUGGACUGUUGCAAUGAUUGUGACAAAAGGCUGUGCCUGAGGAACGGGAUUGUAGAGAUGACGGAUUUAUCAGAAAACGAUGAGGGGAAAUAUACAUUUGCUUUUGGAAAUGACAGCGAAAUUUUCUUGCUCAAAGUGUGUGGUAAGUAGAGAUGGGGGAGAAAUUGGAAUCAGUUUACAUGGGAACUGAUUUCAUUUGCAUCUAAUACCUGUUUGCGUUUUAUACCGAAUCCGCACUUUCUGAAACAAUGUAUGAAUCAAAACACAGACAUCCUUCAAAACCUGCACUUCUUUUCAUUUGCAGCUUAGCAGGUCUCCAGCCAGGUAGUAUAUGCACAAAAGUGCAUAUACUAGAAUAUAUUCAUAUCUUUAGUGAAAUCAACAUACAAAACUACUCUGUGUUCAGGGAAAUUGCUUUGCAAAACUGGGCAUAUCAGGGGAAAUUGCUUGCAGAAAUUCCUUACCCAAAAGAGAAAUUUGUAUCAACAUGCCAAUCGAUUUUCAUGAGGACUUUUCGGAAAGCUUUGGCAAACUGAUGUGGAAAUAUAGAGCACUAAAUUUAAGAUGGGAAAAACGAGUAGCUGAGAGAAACUGAAAUUGACAUCAUUCUAUCCAUUCCUUGUGGUCAGCAUCCUCAUUUUGGAAUCGACAAUGGCAAAAUCUAAGAGGUUGAUUAAUUGCUGGUUCUGCUUCAAACGCACUGUGUGAUCCUAAGCAUAGGUGAAAUAGGUGACGGUGUUCAAUGGGAGUUAUUUCCAAGGAAGCAUGCAGCCUUAGUUAGUGAUCCACAAAUAAGUGCACUUUAAUUUAAGCUUAAACUCAGUGAUAUUUAGCCUAAAACACAGAUGGGGAACCUGUGGCCCUCCAGCUUAUGUUGGAGGGCCAAAAACAUGUAUGAUGGCAGCUGUCGUCCAGCAAUAUUUGGAGAGUCACAGCCUAAUGACUAAAGCGUACCCUCCAACAUGCCUCAGAUAAAAUGAGGCAUUCUAUUCUACAGUGGUACCUCGGGUUAAGUACUUAAUGUGUUCUGGAGGUCCGUUCUUAACCUGAAACUGUUCUUAACCUGAAGCACCACUUUAGCUAAUGGGACCUCCCGCUGCUGCCGCACUGCCGGAGCACGAUUUCUGUUCUCAUCCUGAAGCAAAGUUCUUAACCUGAGGUACUAUUUCUGGGUUAGCGGAGUCUGUAACCUGAAGCGUAUGUAACCUGAAGAGUAUGUAACCCGAGGUACCACUGUACUUCAAUAUCACUGCUGGGGAGGGGGAGGACUUUUUUGUUUUGUGCAGGUUAAGAUUUCUUAAUAAAGUUUUCCAUGAGACAGACAACCUCACUUGAAACCCACCUAGCUCCAGGACCCACCCUCACCCCAAUAAUCUCCUUGCCCCCACCUCUGAAGCUCCAGCCUAGCACUGGGCUGCCUGUACACCACCAGCUGCACACCCGCCCCCCCAGGGCCUGCUCCUGCCUGGGUCUCCUUCAGCCUCCACCUUCUCUUCAGGCUUGACACUUUCUCCUUGUUUUUAUUCUGGCUGGCUGGGUGACUGGGGGCCUGCCAGGCUGAGAGUCACAACCUCCCAGGACAUGGAUGGUAGUGACAUUGCCGUUGUCAUCUCCAUUGCCUCCCUCCUUCCUCCUCUUCCUGCUACUGCUCCUCCACCAGCUAGCCACCCGAUCUACCUGGCUCCCUCCCCUGGAUCUGGCACAAGACUCUUCCCUCUUACUGCUCCCCAUUUUCUCAGACUCCCAGAGGCAAAGGACAUGGCAGCAGAGGAGGAGGAGGAGGAGGAGGAGGAGGAGAAAGUGACUCAGUUGGCAACUCUCUCUUCCUCUUGCUUCCACCAAAGUGAAGCCAUUUCCAGUUAGUGUAGCUCAGUAAAGAGGGGAAUUCGGGACUCGACAUGACAAAGUGAGAAGCUAUGAUGGCUUAAGGAUUUUCAUGACAGUCCUGGCAUUUUGGGGGCAGUUGGAGACUAUUCUAGAGGCCAAUGGACAUCACCUCUCAUACUCAGCUGUCAUUCAUAACUACCACCACCUGACAGAUGCUGCAUGUAGCAAACAGGCCUGCUGAUUUGACACAGCAUUGCAAAUCUCCCUUAAGUGAACUGCUUUGUGGUAUGCCAAAUUUUAAUUUGUUCUUGUCGCAAGUGUUUCAGAUAAUUCAUUUCACUGUGUGAAAAUAAUAAUAAUAAUAAUAAUAAUAAUAAUAAUAAUAAGGCUAUGUGCUUUGCCCUCAGUCUGCCUCAGAGUACCCAAGUGCAGUGGUACCUCGAGUUACAAACGCCUCAGGUGACACACACUUCAGGUUACAAACUCCGCUAACCUGGAAGAGUUACCUUGAGUUGAGAACUUUGCCUCAGGAUGAGAUUGCAAAUCGUGUGCCGGCGGCACAGCGGCAGCAAGAGGCCCCAUUAGCGAAAGCCCGCCUCUAGUUAAGAACAGUUUCAGGUUAAGAACGGACCUCCUGAACGAAUUAAGUUCGUAACUAGAGGUACCACUGUACUCUGAGGUUCUCACAUACCCUCCAAGUGUCUAGAUUUUCCAGGGAUAGUCCUGGAGUUCAGAAAGACAUCCCAACUUCUGAUUUGAUCCCAGAAUGUCCAUAUUUCCCCUGUCAGUGCUGCCACCAUCAAGCUGGAGGAGGAGGUGGAGGAGCUGGUGCUUGUCCCCUCCAUGGGCUCCCUUUUGCCCUUCUUCUGAUAGGAAAUCUCUGCCAGGGGGUCCAAAAAUGGGAGGUUGAGGAGGGCAAAUGAGAAAUGUCCCUAUUUUCAUCUGAGGAAUAUUGGUAGGUAUGUUCUCCAUAUUGUAUGGACAGAGGAUCCUUGGCUUUUAACAGCUGCACAAUGAGCAGAAAACAAUUAAACCCUUUAAGGACAAAGAGCUACAGUGAUGCAAAGGCUCUUUCCAACAUUAAUGCUGCAAUCUUAGAUAUCCUUACCUGGGACUAAGACCACCCCCUUCCCUGAACUCAGUAGGGCUGGGCUGUCGGGCAAUUGAUUUGUCAGUUGGGAUAUCUAAAAUCUGUGAAAAUGUUUCCAUCCAUAAUUCAAAUUUGAGGCUAUAGGCAACAUAGUAUAUUUCAAGAAUAAAAAUAUUAAAGCUGUCGGAUGCCUUCUAAUUUCGUAACCUUAAAGCACUGCAUUGGGAAAAUAUCACAAUUACCGCAUCCCUUUUAAACAGGGUUUGAUCAAUGGGAGUGUAGGUUUCGUUCAAAGAUGUGGGUUGGUAUACAACAGGUUAAAGGAGGGAGCUAAUUUAUUCUGGUUAGUGUAAUAAAAGCACACGAUGGCUCUGCACGCGCUCGGAUCAGUUUGUUAAAACAGAAGAAAGUGCCAUAAGAAAGGUAUGUAUUUAUGAUUCAAGUGUUUAAGUACAUUACUCUUAAGUGCCACCUAAAGGCAAACAGGCAGAACUGCAAAUGCUGUAGCAAAGGCAACGGUGUUUUGGGUACACACGUAAGUGGGUUUUAAAUAGCAAAGAUACAACUUGCCAAAGAGGGAGAAGGAAACACCAAUUUCUUCAUUACUUCAAAUGCAUGCUUGAAUUGCAAGAAUCACAUUUUGUAUGGGAAUGUUUUUGCCAGAAAUAUUCCUUUGCCAAGCUUCUAUAUUGUGACCCAGAUUUUCCAUAUAUUUGUUCUGAUCUGGAAAACAACAACAACAACAAAACCACCCCAUCUUUUUCCAGUAUGCUUGAAUUCAACAAGUCACAAGAGGACUCCUAUUCUUUGGACUGGAGCUAAUAUUAACCAACUUCACACAACCAUUAGUGGCUUCUGACAUGAUGAAGUUGAUGGUGAACACAUAAUGAAGUUGAGGGUUUGGCAAGGCAGUUUGAUUGACAUGGGCAUGGCAACGGAUUGAAGUAACAUAAGUGUGCUCGUCCUCUGUGCUAUAUUUUCAAUACAGGAUCACACCUUAAUUACCUGCCCUUGGGCUGCUACCCCUAAAAACAAAGUGAAUAGGAACCUGCAGUCCAUGUGAUUUGCUUUCGAAGAUUCCUGGAAUCCCAAUUUAGAAGAUGGUAAAUUUUAGUAGAGGAGCAGGUCUGUUUACAAGGACCAUGAGGAGCUUUCAAUUUCUCCGGAAGCAAACAGCAGGAAAAAUCCAUUAGGAUCCAUUGAAUGUUAUAUAUAGUUGAAGGAGGUAAUAGGGGAUUAAAUGAAAAAAACGAAAGGUUCAGAUGAUGGUUCCCACUGUCCUGUCAUGGUAACAUUUUUCUCUCUGUUUUGUUGUUCUCUUUCCACUGCCUAGAGAAGCCUCCAGCUGUUUAUAUCAAUUGUCUACCUGAUGGAAGAGCAAAUUUGUCCUGUGAAGCAGAUGGUCAAUUCAAUGAUGGAGUUUACUGGACUCGGAAUGGGAGAAGAAUAAAUGAUGUUGAUGCUUGUGAGAAAGAUGGUGGCAAGAGCAUUAUUUUGGGGAAAGGGGUACAGGGAAAGCUCGCUUGCCAUAGAAGAAACUCUUGCAGCAGCUCCUCCAUUGAGCUGUCAUGUAAUGGUGGUAACGAUCGUAAGUUAUAUUUUAUCUUCUUUUUAUGGGUGUUCAACGUGUUAUUUGAAUUUAUAUAUCAGCAGAUCUGUCUCUCUGACUCACCAACACAAAAUCAUUUUCCUUCAUUCAUGAAGCAGCCCCCUGCCUACUGGGUGCUCUCUAGACAUUGUUGGACAACUCCUUCCAUCAUCCCUGACCUUUGGCCAUGCUGACAGGGGCUAAUGGGAGGCCAAAUCACUAGUGACCUUUACUUUGCCAUGUGGAAUGACUUUAUAUUAUACACAAAUCUGAAAGAACAUGGACAUUUGGUCCCACCUGCAUAUGCAGAUAUGGGGAUUUUGUAAAUUUAAUUUCUGGACCUUAAUAUAUAAUUAACAGACACACAAGGGAGGGUAUUUCUUCCCCUUUUCAUGCUUAUUUUAAAGACUUUUGGUGAAAGGCCCUCUGAAAAAUGAUGGUUUGUUAUUUACUUUGUUCCAUACAGCAUUCUCAUUUUUUCUUCCAGGCUGUGAUGAAUUUUUUUUUGGGGGGGGGACUUUUUAUAUUUUUCUUGUUCCUCUGUAUAUUGGAAAACUUAAUGAAAAUGUUAAAGUGGGAAAAACAUGUCUGAAUACAUCUUACAACAUAUUUGAAUAUGUAUGCCAGAAAUACACACACACACACACACGUUUCCAUCUCACAAACAUCAGGGCAGUUUAUGACAAAAUAAAAGUAAAAUAAAAAUAAUAGCAAUGCAAAGCAAUCAUUAAAAUGACUGGCUGCUGAAGGAACAUUUUAGACAGCAUAGGCCUGUCAGCAUUAAAAAGUCACUGAGACACAUCUGAAACUGAUGUAAUAAUCUUUCUGUUACCAGCACCACAACUGACACAGCAGUCCUCAGCAUAAUUAGCUGAAUGCUCCAAGGCUCAGCUUCCAUUUUGGCCCCAUCUUGUGAUUCUUGCCUAGAUAUUCAUUGCAAAAUAACCAGAAAUAUUAGUAGCUCACAAUAAAAUCUCCUUUACCUGACAUUCAUGGUUAGGGUAAAUCAUUCAUCAUUUUGGCAAUGUAUUUUGCUUUUUAAUGUCUAUGUCCUGGACCAGGCAGUUGAAAUAAAAACAAGCAAACAAAGAAUGCAAUUUAUUGGAUACCUAUUGCCCCCUGAAUGUUUUGAAUGGAUUGCAGUCAAUGGGUUGCUCACAGACUGCUAACUGCAAGCAGUCGUGCGUGGCUGUGAUAUUUAUGGUGCAGUAACUGUGCAGUUCAAUCCCCUCAGUCACAGGGAACUAUUUCUGCACUCUCCAACCUUUACAGACCUAGAGAGAUGUAGCAGCAGCCGCAAGAAUCAGCAAACAGUGGCCUCCUCAUGUGAUGUGCAUGUCUGUCUGAAUAAGUUUCUAUGCAUCUCAUGAUGAUAUCCCCUAUGCUCCAUGGCUGAGGAGGUUUGAGCGCUGGGUCUUUUGUUCUGGACCCUCCUUUUUCUUGAAUUUAUGGGUAUGUUUUUUACAUAACAAAGGAGGAUCAUUCCUACCUAUUUGGGUCAGCACAACACAUUUUGCUGUCUGCAGCUGACCAGGAAAUGGUGCCAUGAAUUCCUACCAAGUCAAGGUACAUAAUCCCCAAGGCCAUCCAUCCAAGUUAUCCUGUCACCUGAGACAGAAAACCCCAGAAUCCCUCUACUUUGUAAAAAAUACAGUGACAACAAAUUAAAUAACUAAUAAGUUGUUGCCCUUUGUUGAUACAUAAAUUGUGUUGCCUCAUGGAAGGGCUGCCCUGUUGCAACUAGAUAGGUGGGGUACAGCAGGCAAUCCACACUGAGUGGACCAGGUCUGGAAAAUCCCAUUGGCACUCUGUAAUUCAGAAUGAGCCCAGGAACCUUUUGGCUUCCAAAAGCAGUGGUAGUGGGGAUAAAAAUAUUUUUUAAUAAUAAAAAUGUAAAUAUUAGUGACUAAAAGCCACUUCAAUUCCUAGGAGCUAAAAUAUAAAAUGGAAGCAAAGCAUACAAGGCUAUAAAGUGGAUUACUGUAUUAUGUAUCAAUGGAAUGUUUCUAGCCUUAAGUGGGUUUUUUUAAGUUUGAUCUAAGUGAAGUGGGAGGCAGAGUGAAUCAUGUUCUUUUGUAAGUAAAUUUUAUUUCAAGUAAAAUGAGGGGUGAAGGAUCAAAGGGUAGCUCAUUCCCCAUCAGCCGAAGACCAGUGAUUUAAAGCACCCUUAACAAAAUACUAUUCACAGGCUUCUUUGUGGGGAAGUCAUACGCUUUAGAUGUGCUUUAAAUGUAUGAUAUGGGUGUGACUGCAACCUAAAUUUGCCACCCCCCAAUAGUAGCAGUCUAGAAGCAUCCUUACAUAACUUCUCCAUGCCUGGUAGGAUUCUACUAACUAACAGUGGUCUUCUCCCCACCAACAUUAUUUGCAUUAAAAAAACCACACACCUUGCAUAUUAUAGGCAAAGACACCUUUAACAUUGUGGUGACCCUGAGUCCUGUCUUUAGGUUGCUCCUGUUUCUUUACUGCUUAAGAACAACGUUGUUUCUUUCAAUCAGGAGAUCUGCUGCAGCACCCGCACUUCCUGUAUAUUAUGGUAGCGUGUGGAGGGGGGGCUCUUCUUUUGGCCAUUAUUGCCUCACUGAUCACAUGCUGCUGCGUGAAGAGCAAGCAUCAUUUCACUCCAGUGCCUGCGGGUGAGUAGCAGUUUCCCCUCUUCUUUUUUGCAUUGUAUUUUGCAGCACAAUCCUAUUGCAUGUUUACGUAGAAGUGAAAUCUACUAAGUCCAGUGCCAUUUACUCCCCAGGUAAGCAAUGCAUGGGCCUGUAACCACAGUUACAGUCUUUAAAAAAAUAGGUUAUUGUAGAUUAGGCAUCCCCAGACUCAGCCCUCCAGCUGUUUUGGGACUACAACUCCCAUCAUCCCUAGCUAACAGGAUCAGUGGUCAUGGAUGAUGGGUAUUGUCGUCCCAAAACAGCUGGAUAGCCGAGUUUGGGGAUGCCUGUUGUAGAUGAAUCUAAGCCCCUCCUAUAACUGCAGUUGCUUACACUCUGUGACAAAAGUGACAAUUCUGAAGUUAGGCGGCUUUUGCAACCAGCCAGAAUAAAGCUCAUAUCUACUUUCCAUGGCUCCUUUGCCAAUAUCCCAGCCUGCCUCUCAGGUUUUACACUUGACUGCAUUUCUGCAAAGGUAUAUUUCUCAUAAGGUUACAUCAUUCUUGUUUUAGGGACCAAGGAUCAUUUAGCUGAUUUUAUUCAUAUGAUCCUAACCUAUCUUUUAGGUAUGCAGCUCCUUCGGCACAUAACAUCAUAGAACUGUUAGAAGGGACCCUGCACCACGGGAUCUAUUUUCCAAAUUUCUUAUCAAGCCUACCCAAUAUUUCUUCAAAAUCCUUCACCCUAACUCCUUACACUCCUCUUAACGUAGGUUGUUGCAACUAGAAAGGUCUCAUAAUAUGCCAUGGGAACAGAAGGGAUACAGAGGCUUCACCAUGAUAAGUUUUGCCCACAGGCACCACAAAUCAUGAUGCUGGUGAUGUUGACAUCAAGGUGUCACAUUUUGUAGGUCUCCUUGCAUGAUUAGGCCUCUGGCAAGAACUCAGUUCUGGCAUCACCAGAACAAGAGGCCCCUGUUCCACAAUUUGUCCUUGAAGUUUAGGAGAAUCCCCAUGGGAAAAAAUCCAGACCUACUGAUCUUAUUCCAAAGGGGCGUCAGGAGACCAUCUGGAGACCUUGCCCUUCUUUACCUAGAGUUAAUACAAGUUGGAAUUAAACUGCUUAUAUCCACUAUUCACUGUAUGCAUUUUUGUAGUUUUCUCCUCCUCUUUGCCUAUAAUUCUUAUUCUCUUAGUGCCCUUUACUGGCUCAUCCUCAUAAAAAUAAUCAACAGUUUAGUUACAUGUGAACAAUUCCUCAAUCCUAAACAAAUGCACAGGUGAAAGCAGGGAUCCUGUGACCCUCCAGAUGUUGCUGAACUUCAGCUCCCCAAAGCCUCGGCCUGGCUGGCCAAUGUUCUCUUAGAUGAGAUGUCAUCCAGUAGAGGGCCACAGGUUAGCCACCUCUGAUGUAAAAUAGGGCACCUGCUAUUUUGCUCUAUGAAGCAUGGCAAUUGUACAGGGAAUUUUUUUGGGGGUGCUUUGGGUUUUUUAUGGAGAGGCCGGGUACAGUUUAGUAGACAGCAAUUAGCACUGGUGAAGGAAUACCCACAAAGCCGAAACUCCACCUCACCCAUAUUAAUUGAUUAAUUGAUUUGCCCCCUUUCAGUCUCUCAUUAUGCUUUCCAACAGAAGAUGAAAAGGAUGAGGGGAUAACCCUGUCUGCCAUUUCCAGUGAAGAACCAAAGAGUCCUCCUAAUGGAGACCCCUGUGAAACCACAGAUGCCCUUGUUGCCAGCACCCCCAAUCCUGGUAGGUACAGUUAUGUCAUUGUUGUUGCUAUUAAAGAGCAAAGCUGUGUGGGAAUAAAUGUAUUUGUGUAGUUCAGGGAUGCAGAAAUGGUGACCCUCUAAAAGCCACAUGCAACAAUUUUUGUGUGGUGGCCAUUCCACAAAACAGUAGAGUAACAUGUAGAGUAGCCCCCACAUGGCCAAAUGGAAUCAUAUAGAGUUCCUCCACAAUAAUCACUUGUACACUGGGGCUCUUCCAUAAUGAUUUCAAUUGGACGAAGUUUUGUGAGAUGUUUUAUUGUGAUUGUGUUGCAGUUAUAAGGUUUUACUGGGACUGAUGGCUGUUUCAAUAUAUUUGUCAACCAUUCACUUGGUUGUAUUGCUUUAGUGUUAUUGUUUAUGUUUUAAAUGAUGUGGGACAAGUACUUUGGUGCUUGGGUCUUGCUUGUGGGUUUUCCUCAGGCAUCUGGUUGGCCACUGUGAGAACAGGAUGCUAGACAAGAUGGGCCUUUGGUCUGAUCCAGUGAAUUCUUCUUACAUUCUUAUUUGAUGAUGAUGAUGAUGAUGAUUUAGUUGUUUGACUGAUACACAUCAUGUACUGCCUUGUGAGGUUUCUGUUUAAAUGAUGGGAUAUAAAUCUAUAAAUCAAAAAUUAAAAAAGAUAACAGCAAAAGGAAAGCUGAGAUGAAGACUUUGUUGAAGAUUAUAGUAAAGAUUGAGGUCUGAGACUAUGUUAAUUCAUUUUUAUAGCACAUUCUAACUUGUACUUCCUUUAAAGGCCCUGAGACCUGUGAGAGUUUUAAACCAGAGCACAAGACAGAUCCAAAUCCUACAGUUCAACCUAAGCUGGCACUGGAGACUAAAACAGAGGAAGAUGUUGAAACAGCAUUUCGAGAAGUCAUGGUUGACACUGAAGCCCUGGAAACGGUGGAUGAUUGCUUCCCUGAUCCUAUUGAUGCUUGAUCAGAUGUGUUCCCUUUAACCCUUCCUACAGUCUUGGGAAUUGGUGUUUCUUCAUUCCAUGAUGUUAUCUCCAUAAUAAUAGUGUCCUUUAAAAAAACACCUGCCUACAGUUAGCCAAAUCUACAAACCCACCUACAAAUAGUCCUCAUGGGCCAAUGUGGUAUCCUUGCUCCAUGUAGCAAUUAGAUUUCAAAUUAAAUAUGACAGAUCUAUGUGCAAGACCUUUAACCUUCAAACAAUCUGAUUAAUUUUUCCUGUUUCUAUGACAAUUUUCAGGCUUCUCAAAACCCCAAUAUUUUUGGUUCUAUCAAGGCACAGACACACAACAGGCAAAAUACCAUACAGGAGUCCCAAAGUACAUAUUUUAUACUGGAAUGGGGCCAGAAAUUCCCUAAAAGUUCCAGAAAAAGUGUUGAGUUCUGUACUGGGAUGUUUGGAAUUAUAUCACAGUAGCUUUCGCAGAUUCUUGUGGUCAAAAACAGUCCUAUUCAUUACGCUGGGUGUUUAUAUGAACUGAUGUUGGCUCAUGGAUUUCAGGGACCCUCAAGUAGGGUAUCUACAGAAUUCCUUUACCUGGAAGAGGUGAGGCACGAAAACAGAGAAUGUGGAAAGUGAGGUCAGUGGCACUGUUUGGACAGUGGACCCUUUGUCAGUUUACAGGCCCAAAGAGACGCCCAACCUCAUCCCCUUCUGGAGCAAGUUCUGACACUCCGAGCUUCCAUUUCUAAAUAUUUUUUGUUCCAUCCAGCUACCUUUUAGCAGAAAGUAGGGAUCCCUGUGCCCACUGCUGUAUGCCCCUUUGAAAGGAAUGAUGCAAAAAUGCUUCUCAGCACAUGUUCCAGCUCCAACCUUGGAUAUCCAGAUGUUGUUGGACUACAGCUUCCACAACCCCCAGCCAUGGUCAUGAAUGGUAGGAGCUGCAGUCCCAACAACACCUAGGAGCACAAGGUUGAAGAAGCUGCUCCAGUGCACAGUUUGUGACUAAUAGGAAGCACAGAAACAGCAUUUUGUUUUUAUAUUUGUGAUGGAGUUUUCAGCAGAAAUUGACUACUGGCCUAAGCAAUUUGAUAAUUCUCUGUAUACGCAUUGUGCUUUCUUGAGUGUUCCAAGCAGUUCACAUAUAUCUUCUUUGUAAUUUGCAGCAGGUGUUCCAUUUCUUUCCUUGCCUGCAUCUUGCCUUUGUGUGGAUGUACUUGCAUCUUAUUUCAGAUGAAAGGCUGGAGAAUUUGAGGGAUUCUCCAGGUGCUCUUUUCUUGUGGUGUUGCUAUUUUGGGCCCUUAGUUAGAUAGAAAGGCUUUGCUGCUGCUGCCUGAAACACUGCAAGCCACUCGGCUGUUUUUAAUUGGGCAUAUACUCUGCAGAUAGGCUUUAGGAUUAAGUUCUAGAAACUUCUAAAGGGGGCAUUAUUUCCUCCCUAUAUGAACAUACCCUGAGGUAGCAGCACUCCUUGAAGUAAAUGGCAUUGGGGACUUCUGAGUAGACAUGUAUAGGAUGGCCCUGAGAAUGUUCUUUUUUCAGAGAUUGGUGGAGACCAAAGAAAAUGGCACUACAGUUCCAUUCAUGUGUACUCAGAAGCAAGGUUUACGACUAGGUAAGUUUGUAUAAUAUUGCAGCCUGUGAGUGUCAGUUGUACUGGCUUUGGGUGACAUUCCAUUGCCUUUGAGAAGAAGUCAGUCCUUGACUAAACAAGCCAGUCUCUGCUUCUAAGCAUCACUAGCUAUUAUUAGAUCUUGAACUCCUGGCUGGGACUUGUUAUGCAUUUGUUUUGACGUACAGCUCCUUGUUCAGUGUAGACCCUUUUAUAAAUAUUAAAUGCUGAUGACUAAACCCCACUCUAUGGCUACAGAACUGAGUUGCGUUAGAAUUAAUUUCAGAGUCAUGUCUCAUUUACUGGAAAAACCCCUCUUACCAAUACUGCCACUGCCAAGAGCCAUGAACAUCCAGUUACUGCUAUCUGAUGAGACCAUUUUUACACAAAUGUUUUGAAUUAUUCUAUUUUAGAACUCAGAUCUAACACAUGAUUUCAAGGCUUCUUAUCCUAUCUUUGUGGCUUAUACAGGCCUUGUAAAUUAGACGUGCAGCACGUGCGCCAGGUAUGUUUACUAAGCAAUAAGUCACAUUGUUUUAGGCUGUUAUCAAAGUUGAAACUUCGCUUGUGUUCCAGCCUCUCCUGCCAUUUAUAGCUAUGUUUGAUAAUGCAGAAAAGAUGCACAUAUGACACAAAUAGGCAUCAUAGACUUUACAUUCACAAGCCUGACUGACGCAUGCCCUGCUUUAGGCCUUAUGCAUAAAAAUUUGCAGUUAGAUUCUGGGGACAACGCUUUCCUUAAAAUAAAAUAAAAAAGCUUUUCAAAAACAAACCAUGGUGUCUGAAUGUCAUAUGAGCAUGGAUGUCAUUGGUAUGACGUUUGGCCUUGUGACUUGAAAGUCCUGAUUGCUAGGAGAAAGGAGUAUGGGCUUUCCUCCGGCAGAGCAUGCUAGGGUACAGAGUUCGACAGUAUCUAGAAUAAAGUGAAAUUGCUUUAAGUUAACUAUUGGGCUUUAAAAAAACCCAACCCACUAGUGAAGGCGAUGUCAUUCACAGCCCUGAUAUUGCAUUAGAGGCCAAGGUUGGAAGAAAGAUGCUCUGGGAGAUUCUAAGUCUUAAAGUAAAAGGCUGGGACUAGGCUAGUAUUUCUCGUGUGCCAGCCAAAUGGUUUACUGUGUCUUUACCAUUGAUUCCCAAGCCAGGGGCCCAGAUGUACAGGCCCCCUCCUCUACCCCUUCUGAGAAGACUGCUUGCUGGCAGCACAUCAGAGUAGCCCCCUUAUCUGCUGAUGUUUUGUACCAAUUGCACCCUGCUUGUCCAUCACCCUAAUGUCUUUAUCUGCCAUCCAUGAUGUGACUGUGGUGGUGACUGUCCUAUGACUAGGUGCACGUUACUUGACAGGCCUCUUGAGCUUCGUACUAGUCUAAUGUACAGGAUCUUCUAGAAUCCCACUUUGUUUCAUGUUUCAGAAGCUGCAUGUUUACAGCACUAGAGAAGACGUGUAGACAGCCUAGUCGUAAAAUAGCUUCAGAAAUUCUGCUGACAGCUACAGCUCGCCAUUUUGCUUUAUUCUCUCUCUCUCUAUUACAGCAAUAUAAGGCUGGGAGAUUCAUUCUUCUGUAAUGUUUUUAUCUGCAUUCAUGCUAUGCUGUUUUUUAAAAUAAUGCUGUACCCUAACUAAUAAAAAUAUUGUUUUAU